UUUUCUGUUGUUUUUAGAUUCAAGUGACGAAAACUUAUGAAAUGAUAUUUUAAGUUUAAACUGAUCAAUUAAUUUAAUUAAUUGAUUUAUUGUAGCAACAAUGGUAAAUUGUUUAAAUAGAGAAAGAAAUUUACAACGAAAAAUGUAUGAAUGUAAUAUUUGAAAUCUAAAAUGAUAAAUUAUUGUGCGAAAAUAAUAAAACUCGCAAUGUCAGCACAUGGUCUCAUUAGAACGUGUUUAACGAGCGUAGCGUAAGCGUGAAAAUGAAAACGUUGAGGCUCUCGUGGUGUAAAAAGGCUAAAUUCCUCAUAAAAAUACAAGAAAUGAGAGGGAACGUUCGCCCUUGAACACAUAAAACCAAAAAAAAAAAAAAAAAAAAAAAAUAGAAAAGGAAAAAAACCACAAAUUUUAGUGAAGCUAUUUUACUGAAACUUAUAUCAUUUUAACAGCUAUAUAUAAAACGUUGAAUUAUUUCCUUUCGCGCAGAGCAAUUUUACUUCAAAUUUCUAGCUUCAGAAUGAUAAUUACGUAUUUGUAAUUAUCAACAAGCUUUAAAAAUAUGGAAUAUUCAGCCAGAUGAAAUAUAGGUAAAGUAUUUAGAAGAAAAAAGAUUGAAAUGUUUUAUGUAAAACGAUUAAAUUAAGUGGUUGAGUUUGAAAAUUUGACUCGGUUUAAUAAUUCAAUGGAAAAAAUAUUCGCCCUAUGAAAAAAAAUUCAUGUUCCUGUCGAUAUAUCGGCGAGGUGCUCCUCUACUUUCGACUGCUCUGCAAUUCAAAUGCAAUACUCGAAUAUACAUGGCGAAAGAAAUGGAAAUUGAGGAAUUUAAGGGAACCAAUUACUCUCGCGUCGACGUAACUUCAAAAUGUUUCACGUGUCGGUGUUUGCGAAAUGAAGUUCGUCGUUAUCCGAUUAACACGCUUGCAGAUGCGUUCUUUUUGUUGCAAAGUAAAUGGACAAAUUGUGAACAAAUAAUGUUUACAAUUACAUCAAAAUUAAUGUCCUAAACUUUACCAAGAAUUAUUAAAAAUCCCUGCGUAUUGCUUACGUAAUGUUGAUAUUGAGUAGUACCAUACAUAACCUCAACAUUAUGAUACUUACAAACAUCGCUAAACAAGUAGUGCGAACGAUGUCGACAUUUCGCUUGGCGUUGGUACAACUUGAAGUAAAUGAAGUAAAACGCAAAAAUGUAGAGCGGGCAGUUUCCUACAUUUCUAGCGCAAAAGAGCGCAAUGCUGAUAUUAUAGCUCUUCCUGAAUGCUUUAAUUCACCAUAUGGAAUACAGUACUUUCGAAAAUACGCCGAGAGUAUUCCUGAUGGUGAAACGAGCGUUGCUUUAUCGAAUGCAGCUAAAGAAAACAACAUCUAUGUAGUUGGUGGUACGAUGCCUGAAAUAGAGGGCGAUAAAUUGUACAAUACCUGUACUAUUUGGGGUCCCGAUGGAACUUUGAUAGCAAAACACCGAAAGGUACAUCUAUUCGACAUCGACAUUCCUAAUAAGAUUACUUUUCGAGAGAGUGAUUCACUCAGUCCUGGUAACUCCCUAACGACGUUCGAUGUGAAGGGCUGCAAAAUAGGUAUUGGCAUAUGCUAUGAUAUUAGAUUCGAGGAAAUGGCACGCAUUUAUCGGAACAAAGGUUGCCAAAUGCUGAUAUAUCCAGCGGCAUUCAAUAUGACCACUGGACCACUGCACUGGUCAUUACUUCAGCGUUCCAGAGCGAAUGAUAAUCAAUUAUACGUUGCUUGCAUAUCACCGGCUCGUGUUCCUUCAGCAAGUUACGUCGCAUGGGGGCAUACACAGUUGACCAAUCCCUGGGGAGAGAUUCUUUACGAUUUGGAAACUCAAGAGAAUAUGGCAGUCACCGAUAUCGCAGGUGCUCCGGGUAUAAACAGACGACAAACGAACAAAUAGAAAUUCAAACUAUUGUCGUUGUUUAACUCGCAUGGGACUAUAAGCUCGAAUUGGACUUAAACGUUACGAUCGUCGAGAAUAAUUACUAUAUGUACCCUGUACGACGGGCAGAGAAUCUUAAGUUAUUAACGGCAAUUCCUUUGUGCAUAAUUCAGGUUUAUUAACAACCUGUAAUGGAUAAUCAUCGAUGAACUCUUUUUGAAUAAAGUUCACAUUUAUAAAGCAAACACUAUAAAAUACGACAGGACAAUUGUAAUCGAUAAAUAACAUUUUAUUAGGAUAUUAUAAGAAGCUAAGAUAUCGAGGUACAUUAAAAUUGAGUCCGCUGCAACCCUCAUGACAUUUAAAAUGCUACGCGUAUAUUGAGUAAAGUUGUUAUAUUAAAUAUAAUCAUAUUAAAUACAAGCUCGUCCGCUGGAUUCCCAAAUUAUUUGGUUAAAUACUUUGAAUACGAGAAUACCGAGUGUUAACAGUAGUAAAUCCUCUAUAUGGUAUGUUUACUUUGCUAUCUUGAAUAGGUAAAUAACAUUUCACUUUAACGCAUUUAACCAAUAUUAACAUUUAACAUUUAACAUUUAACCAAUAUUAUACGCAUAUGCACAUAAUGUUACUGUUACAUAUAAUGAUAUAUACGUAGAUAUACACGUUAAUUAAAUCCUCUAUAUGGUAUUUUUAUAUCAGUAUCGUAAACAUUGUAAACCGGAAAUCUUUUAUUACACACGUACAUAUACAGUCAA